UAAUUCCCAGCAUAAAUCUCAAGCACGAGAUCACCAAUAUCUCAAUGAUAUAUCUUGUAUAUCACUGUUCUUUUACCGAAUGGCAUCACAUCCUUUAUCUUUCAUUUCUUCUCUUUGUUCUUGGUUUAUACCCGGUACGUGGGUAUAGCUACAUCUCCUGCCGACUUCGGAAACGUCCAUAUUCCAGCUCAGCUAGUAGGAAACUGGCCCGCAUUCUAGUACAAUUAGCCGCAGUAGCUCAAAAGGCUACCUACCUAGUAGUUAGUUAACGUUAACUACUGCAGUGUACUUUAGUAAGCAAUAAAUCUCAAUCUCGCUUGCUCUCACUGCAAUCUGUAAACUGAACUACUACAGUC